UUAUUAAUAUUCAAAAGUAGAUAUUUUAUAUUUCAAUAAUUUAUUGUAUAAAAGAAACUCAGUUAAAAGCCGCUCUUGAGUGAAAACUUUUCAAUAUAAGUUUAUUGAGUUUUUGUGAAAUACUAAGUAUAUUUACUGCAGCUCAUAUUCGGAUAUCAAGGAUGAUGCUUUUGAUGCUUGCAUUUGUAAUCCAUUUAAUUAACUGUCAAAAUCAGUACACUGAAACAAUAUCCUCUCUUGGAAGAACUCGCUUUGGUAAGCGUGACUACGAGACGAGAGAAUCCGAUUCCCCAUAUAACAUUCACCAAAAAACACCAUUCAAAACUUUCGGUUCACAAUACAAUCCUUCAUUUAGAGAACGUUUUAAUGGUGACCAACAAGAUUUUCAACGAUACUUGAAAAACUCACAUGCACAUCAAGCAAAACAAGUAAGAUCAUCAGAAAGAAAUGAUGAAGCGGAGAAACAUGAGAAACGUAUGUCAAGAGAUCGUGCUAUAAAAUACUUAGCGCAAAAAGAUAAUGAAAAGGUUGUUGAUGGAAUUCAAAAUUAUGAAAAUAGGGGAGCUAAUGUCGUACCAUUGUCUAGAUUUGGAAGAAACAUUGAUUUAAUAUCCAUCAAAAAAUAAUUUUUUUAAACAUUAACUAACUCAUUAGUAUUUUAUUAAAUAAUUUAUUUUUUAGAUAAAUAUUAAAUAUUAUCAGA